GAAGCAACCCCGGGCCGCGCCCCUCUCGGCUCCCGUGACGUCGAACAAUGCUAGUGCCACGCAGCCCCGGCGAGCAGCGAGGCAGAUCCCGCAGCCGCGAUCUUCUCUGCUCCAGCAGCUAUGCACUUCGCCGCGGGGAUUUGUUUCUUCCUCCAGGCUUUCGCCCUCGUAACCCUCCGGGCGGACGGGCAGAAGAAGGAGGAGGGCGCCUCCGCCGACGAAGUUCAGAUGGAAGUCGUGCACGUCCCCGAAAACUGCCAGCCGAAGAGCAAGAAGGGGGACCUGCUUAAUGCCCAUUACGACGGGUACCUGGCCGGGGAAAAGUCCAAGUUCUAUUGCAGUCGAACACAAAACAACGGCCACCCAAAAUGGUUUGUCCUUGGUGUCGGACAAGUAAUUAAAGGUUUAGAUAUUGCAAUGCUGAAUAUGUGUCCUGGAGAGAAACGGAAAGUGAUCAUACCUCCAUCGCUCGCCUAUGGGGAACAAGGAUAUGAACCUGCAAAGAUUCCACCUAACGCAACACUGAUCUUUGAGAUUGAACUGUAUGCGGUAACACAAGGACCCCGCAGUGUUGAAGCGUUUUCUCAAAUGGACCUGGACAGUGACAAAAAACUCUCAAAACAUGAGAUAGAUCAUUACCUGAAGAAGGAAUUUGAAAGAGAUGGCAAGAAACGUGACCCUUCCGUUCAUCGUGAUGUUUUGCUUGAUAUAUUUAAAAAGAAUGACCAUGAUGGAGACGGCUUCAUAUCUGCCAAGGAGUAUAACGUCUACCAACACGAUGAACUAUAACAGAUCAUUGCUUUAAAAAAAAAGUCUGUGUGGCAGGAAAGGGGAAUCUGCAGCCCUGCCAAUGUUGUUGGACUCCUGCUCCCAUCAGCCCAAAUCACCUUGGCCAAUGAUCAGGGAUGAUAGGGGAUGCAGUCCAAUAGCAGCUAGAAGGCCACAGGUUCCCCAUACCUGUUUUAUGGACAUUUGGUUCAGAGUCCAGCAGUUCCUCCCAUGCGCACAUGGAGCUUUCACAAGGACUUCCCCAUGCCCUUCAGUGGAGGGGACACGGCUUCGUUACCCACUGCACUGAAGGUAGUAUGAAAUCCUGCUAGUUGAGGAGCCCCAAAUACACAUUGAAGUGAAGGUGUACCUGUGGAAAUGUUUGUAACCAAGUACACAGCUUUUUGUGAUUACACUUUAGCCCUGUUUGAUUUCCCUGGGACUUGUCCAUUAGAUUAAUGGCUUUAACCAAAAUGGAAUUUCUUUGUCACAUAAUAUUUCAUGUAUGUUGGUUGAGGGAAAUUUUUAUACCUUUUUAUCAUGAUUAAAAAUGUUACUGAAAU